CUUGAACACUCACAGUUUCCAUUCUUAACUUCAAAAAAACACGUCUUUUCAAUGGCUGAAGUCGAACUCUGGAGUUUCGUUUUGCCUGGGGGCGCUGAAGAAGAGAUCUCCCCUCCAGCUGACAUCCGGGUGACGAACGCUGCCUUUGGAGAGGAGUUGCCCGACGCCAACGGUCGAUCCGUUGUCAAGCUUGUCUAUGAACCACUGUCUGGACCCGACGACGAGGAUGAGGAUGAAGAUGAGGAGAAGGAGGACGAGGACGAGGACCGAGAGCUUGCCGAAACUGUUCUUACUGCUCUGACCGCAGGCAGGAUUGAGCAAACCACCCUUAAUGUUGUCCUUAAGGAAGACAGACAAUAUGUCCUGGUCAACACUGGCAAAAACACUGUUUACCUCACAGGGAAUUAUAUUGAACAAAUGGAUGAACCACCCUACGACAGCGACGAGGAGGAGUACUCUGACGAAGAGGAUGCCUACGACCUACGGGAAGUGAGCUCCGAUGUCGAGAUGGAUCCACUUGAGCUGGAGGGCCUCGACGAUCUUGACACCGACGCCAGUCGAUUCGAGGAAAUUGAAGAACCCGCUCCCAAGUCUGCGAAACGCUCCCGUGAUUCCGAGGCAGAGGAAGCUCCCAAGGCCAAGGACAAAAAGAGCAAGAAGCUGAAGGCUGAGGAUGGAAAGGCUGUCCCUGUCGAAGCCACUGCUGAAAAGGCCGACAAGAAGGAGAAAAAGAAAGAGAAAAAGGAGAAGGACACCAAGACCAAAGGCUCAAACGUGAAGGAGCUCGCUGGCGGGCUGAAGAUUCAGGAUUCCAAGGUCGGAGAAGGCCCAGAAGCCAAGAAGGGCAGCAAGGUCUCUGUUCGAUACAUCGGAAAACUUGAAAAUGGGAAGGUCUUCGACAAGAACACCAAGGGCAAGCCGUUCCAAUUCGUUAUCGGAAAGGGCAGUGUCAUCAAGGGAUGGGAUGAAGGAAUUGCUGGCAUGCGUGUUGGGGGCGAGCGUAUCUUAACUGUUCCACCAGCCCUCGCUUACGGCAAGAAGGGAGUUUCAGGAAUUCCCCCGAAUGCUACUCUCAAGUUCGAGGUCAAGCUCAUCGGGGUUGCGUAAAUAUGCGCACUGCCCCGGCAUCUGGUGGCUACCUUGUCUCCACAGAUUCACUCAAAAUCAAUUGGCAUUUGUGCCGUCCUGCAGCGUCCUGCGUGGUCUUGCUCAUGUAUACGGAAUUGUGAUCUAACAGCUGUCAUUAUGAAUGCAAUGAGGUCUACAUUUGUCUUCCA